GGCACACCACGUAUCGCCGGUACUUUCUGCCAUUUAUUUGCUUCAAGAACUUCACCAUGCGAUGUCGCUUGCCUGGAUUUCUUCACCCAACGUUAUGCCAUGACAUGACCUUGCAGCUCCCGAAAAGGCAACUCGCAGCUCACUGGGUCACACACACCCCGUGGUUAUUUGGGCACGUGACCUUCAGCGGUUCUCCUGCCGCUGGGGUCGGAUGCUAAAAUGCUGGCAGUCAGGUUCUGACAUGGACCAUUCUGCGAAUCACGACCGUUCGCAAAGAACCAUGUCCGGUCGAACACCCCAACAUGCUAUGAGUUCCUCUUCUCUACACCACACAAGAAGGCCAUCGGCACGCCGUCGUACCUCUUCAACCCGUCAACAUUCUCGUCAAAGUAGUUCGUCCAACCUGGUGACCUCCGGUCGCAAACAGCUGAAGCGAUCCCAGUCGUCCAAGCAUCAUACCGCCCGACACUCUGGAGCCUCGUCUUCUUUUGAUUCAAACGAUGAAGAAAGUCACACGGAUGAUAGUAAACGAUACAGACCAUCUACUUCCCGAAGGCAUAGUAAGGACGAUGAUAUCAGCAACCAUGAAAAUGAUGAGAACGAUGAAAGUAUACCUGAACAAGAGGAGGAGGAGGAAGAAGAAGAACGAGACGAUGACAGCGAUAGAGAGAUGACGUUGAAGGAUAGACAAGAUGCUAUGAAUAAAUCCCAUCCUUUCGGUUUGCCUAUAUGGAAGCCAGCAUUAUACAAGAAAUCACGCUCUGUGGUGCGUAGAGCCAACAGCGCUCUUCAUUCUGCACCCACCACCACACCGGAACUAUUUCUCUACCCUGGUAAUAUUCUAUGGGCCAUUGUAUUUGGAUGGUGGCUGGCGCUUGUUAUGCAUAUACUCUCCUUGUUAGUAUUACUUGUGCCACCAGAUGGUUACAAGUAUGCUUCAGUUCUACGUGGUCUAGCAAAUUAUCUGUUUUGGCCUUUUGGAAAAUAUGUACAACGAUUGGUCGACAUUGAACCCGAGUCCUUGUCCAACUACGACAAUCGCCAGCUUUCAGAAGACAGUCAAGGUGAUUCGGAUAUGGAUGAGGAUCUGGGUCUGAUUAGUGGACGCCGUCACAAACGCAAGAACCGUUUAGAGACAUUCAAAGACAAUACAAAAGAACUCUUGUCACUUGGUCCCGGUGGUUGGGCAUUUUACUUCUUGUUUUACACAAUUCUUGCUCCUCUCCAACUCUUCGUGUCGGCAAUUUGCUGGGGGUGUGUUAUUACCAUCCCCAUGGCAAAGUUGACCUAUGUUCUAACCCGGCAUCUCCGAAAACAUCCCCUCAGUUUGCGAUUUAAAUCAAGCGGCUCAACCCUUAUGCCAUCCUCGUCUUCGUUUAACAAACGAACAGUUAUUCUACUGUGCACCUAUCAAGCUAUCGGAUUACAGUAUUAUAAGUAUACCUAUGAUGGAAUCAACAUUAUCUUCAUCAACUUGCUACCCGUGGCUUUCUUCGUCAUCUUUGACGAAAACGUCCUUCACGAAAGAUUUCCAAACGCUUGGUUCACCAGUGCUUCGUUUGUGUUCAUGCUGGGUCUGGGCUCUGUCAUUCCCCUGUCGUACUUCAUUGGAAUGGCUGUCAGUUCCAUUUCUGCACAGUCAAGUAUGGGACUGGGCGCGGUGAUCAAUGCUACAUUCGGUUCCAUCAUCGAAAUUAUCCUGUACAGUGUCGCUUUGAUGCGAGGUAAAAGCGCCUUGGUGGAAGGGUCUCUGAUUGGAAGUUUUCUUGCUGGUGUUUUGUUAAUGCCAGGGUGCUCUAUGUUAAGUGGAGCGGUGAAGCGCAAAGAGCAAAAGUUCAAUGCUAAGAGCGCAGGAGUCACUUCAACUAUGUUGAUUAUGGCCAUUAUUGCUGCGCUGACACCUACUCUGUUUUAUCAAAUGUAUGGAAGUUUUGAACUUCGAUGCACCGGUUGUCCCGAAUCACCACAAAAUGAUGUAUUUGCUUGUUCAAGAUGUUAUUAUGACCAGAUGAACCCUGCCAUGGAUCCUGUGUACCAGAACAGCGUCAAGCCACUGAUGUGGUUGUGUGCCUUAGUCCUUCCCACUGCAUACUUCAUUGCUCUCGUUUUCAGUUUACACACGCAUGCUGACAUGGUGUGGUCCAGUUCUCACGCACAGCACGGCAAUGAAGAUUCCAAUUACCGCAAACUUCUUCCUACUCAUAUCAUCUCCCAACUCGUUCAUCUCAGUCACAACCAGUCUCAAACCGACCUGCGCAAUGGUCAAGUCAACUCGACUGGUGAUCCAUCCACUGCCUUCAAUCUUCCCUACAAUACUUCCCAUGUUGCUGUGGUUACUACCAAUCCUUUGCGAUCUGGUAGCUUGGAUGAAAAUCGGAAUGAUAUCACGGCCGAGAAUCUUAACGAAAACCUGGCCCAGAGUAUUCCAUCCUCUGUUCCACCAGUCACAUGGGUACAUGCAAGAGAACCUGAGGAAGAUGAGGACGAAGAGGCAGCUGGACAUGAUUCUCCUAACUGGAGCAAAUCAAAGUCAUUCACUAUUUUAUUCGGAUGUACGUUAUUGUACAGUCUUAUUGCUGAGAUAUUAGUAGACACCGUCGAUACUGUGAUGGACUCAUUGGCUAUUGACGAAAAGUUUUUGGGUUUGACUUUAUUUGCAUUGGUACCAAAUAUCACAGAGUUUAUGAACGCCAUUUCUUUUGCAUUGAAUGGAAACAUUGUUUUGUCGCUUGAAAUUGGUUCUGCAUAUGCUCUGCAGGUCUGUCUCAUCCAGAUCCCUGCCAUGGUUGGCUUUUCCCUGUGGUACAAUUGGGGCAUGAUGGAUGUAUCUCAAUAUACUUUCACCCUGGUAUUCCCAAGAUGGGAUGCUAUAUGUGUUAUAUUUUCUGUGUUUUUGUUAACAUACACAUAUCAAGAAGGAAAAAGUAACUAUUUCAAAGGAUCGAUAUUGAUCCUCAGCUACUUUGUAUUGAUGGCUGGCUUCUACUUGACUCCUCCAUCCGCUUCCCAUAGCGUUUUAGACGGAAGUCCUACGCUUAUGAGAUCCUAGAAAAGAACUCUUCCCAUCCCAUUUUGAUGCAACACAAAUUCUGUAGAAAAGAAUACAAAUUCAAAUAAUUAAAUCAAAACACCAUAGGGUUAAAAAUGCAUUUAGCAGGAACCUCCUGGCUUUUGCUAAAUAUGCGCGUCUUGUCAAUCAAUCAAACCUCUCUCCUUG